GCCUCCCGCGGCCACGUGAUCUCGCCCCGCGUGGCCAAGAUGGCGGCGCCCAGAGCUGUCAACGCGCUGUGGGGCGGAGGUUCUGUGACUGGCUGCCUCAGAAUUUUUUCUUCACGCAAUCGUGUCUACCUGCACAGGCAAUCAAGUAAUCAACAACAGAGAUGCUUCUUUUCUCAGGGACAAAGAAAUGCUGUUUAUAGCAUAGUUUGGCCAGCAGUGGUUUCUCCAGCUCAUCCAGUUCCCGAGCACAUAAAGAAGCCAGACUAUGUGACGACAGGCAUUGUACCAGACUGGGGAGACGACAUAGAAAUUAAGAAUGAAGAUCAGAUUCAAGGCCUUCGUCAGGCUUGUCAAUUGGCCCGUCAUGUCCUGCUUCUGGCUGGAAGGAGCUUAAAGGUUGGCAUGACAACUGAAGAAAUAGAUUCCGUUGUUCAUCAUGAAAUAAUCAGACAGAAUGCCUAUCCUUCACCUCUGGGCUAUGGAGGUUUUCCAAAAUCUGUUUGUACUUCUGUAAACAACGUGGUAUGUCAUGGUAUUCCUGACAGUCGACCUCUUCAGGAUGGAGAUAUUAUCAACAUUGAUGUCACGGUGUAUUACAAUGGCUACCAUGGUGACACUUCUGAAACCUUUUUGGUGGGCAAUGUGGACAAAUCUGGUCAAAAGUUAGUGGAGGUUGCCAGGAAAUGUAGAGAUGAAGCAAUUGCAGCUUGCAGACCAGGGGCUCCCUUCUCUGUAAUUGGAAACACAAUCAGCUCUGUGGCACAGCAGGGUGGCUUCCAGGUGUGCCCCUUCUUUGUCGGCCACGGCAUCGGGUCCUACUUCCACGGGCACCCCGAGGUGUGGCACCACGCCAAUGACAGUGAUUUGUUAAUGGAGGAGGGAAUGGCGUUCACAAUAGAGCCAAUAAUAAUGGAGGGUUCUCCCGAAUUUAAGAUUCUGAAGGACAAAUGGACCGCAAUUUCGGUAGACAAUAAAAGAUCAGCGCAGUUCGAGCACACCGUCGUCAUUACCUCGGAGGGAGCAGAAAUCCUCUCUAAGGUGCCGGGAGAAGCCUAAGGACGCAGCGGGAAGUGGAGGGCUCGCAGCGGCUGAGCCUCAGCCCGCCGGGGGAAGGGUCCGGCCGUGGGGGAGCGGAGCAGAUCGCCGUGCGGGAUCCGCGGCGGAGCAGAGCGGGGAUCUGCUCGCAGGGAAAGUGCGGCCGCUCUGUCAUCAGCGCCACUGAACGGGGCUGGAACUUAUGCCGGGACGGAAAGAAAAGUUUGCGGGCGUGGCGGAGGGAGCUCCGGCUGCGGCCCCUUUCCCUAAGUUGUAAUAGCAGCUCUCCCUUCCCUGCCCCGGCCCGUUUCUCUCUAUGCCGCACAAGAGAGGAUUAAAAACGAGACGCAGAGCGCGCUGUUCCGGAGAGGGAUAACCGCGCCGCGCACGGUGCGUAACGGGGCACUCCACGCCGGGAGCGCUCGCAGAGACGGAGGGGUUCUGCCCUGGGGGAGGGUUUGCUCUGCGUCCCUCGGAAUCGGCCCGACGGAGUGGCCGUGCGGCGGGGGGUGUCCCGGGCGGAGCUGCUGGGCCGCUGUUGGGGCAGGCCGGGCCGGUACAGGCCGGGUGGGACGGCCGCUGGUUCCCUGAACCGUUUGUUUUCACUAGAGCACAGCGAGCUGUCAGCUCUAAUCGUUUCUAACAGCAUCUUUUUAAGAAGCAGGACCAGUCCCCAGCCCGUUCCCAAUACCACGGGGCAGCCUUUCAGCUCGAUUGCCUCUUAGAUUAAUUUGGUAGACCUUAAAACCUGUACAAAUAAACGAUGCAUCCAACACGUUUCACAGUCGCACCGAGUUUCCGCCACUUGCUCUCUGCCCGGGAAGGCGAGGGCCGCCGUGCCCGCCUCUCCCUGGCCGCCGCUGCACCGUCCCGUCCGUCACGUCUGUCCCGUCCCAGUCCGUUCCCAACCCCCCUCCCCCGCAGCGCGGAGCCGCGGCCCCGGCCCGGGCGGUCACUUACAUGGCCGGGGGGGUCCGCGUGGGGCCGCGCCGCUGCCCCUGGGCACCGGUCCUCAGUGAGGUGGUGGGAA